AUGCUUUCCCCCCGCGCCGCAAAAACCGCAUCAGCCCUCCACCGGCCGUGGCGCUUCGCCCCCGUUCAAACCUACUCCCCGACCACAAACCCAUCCGGCCUAAUCUCCUUUGGCAGCGCGAGCAACGCCCUCAUGCAGUCCUCCGUCGCCGCCUUUGCCGCCACGGUCAAGCUGACGCCCGACGUAUUCGGAUACAGUUACAGCACCGCCGGCGGCGUCCGUCUCCGCGCCGCGAUGGUGGGGCAUCUGAACGCCACGUUCCGUCCCUAUGCGCCGUUGGAAAUGGAGCAUGUGAGGGUUGCGGCGGGGGCGACGGCCGUGCAGUGCAUUCUUGCGUUUGCGCUGGCGUCGCCUGGGGAAGGGGUGUUGGUGCCGAGGCCGGUGUAUGGGCGGUUUGAGCUUGAUUUUGGGAAUGAGAUGGGUGUGGAGGUUGUGUAUGCCGAUACCACGCCCGAGACGUGUUUCCUGCCGGAUGUGGUUGUUGAGGAGUUUGAGGCUGCGGUGAGGAGGGAAAGGGAGAGGGGAGUGAGGGUGAGGGCGGUGAUGAUUGUGAAUCCGAGUAAUCCGCUUGGACGGUGUUAUUCCCGCGAGACGCUUGUGGCGAUUAUGCGGUUUUGUGGAAGGCACAAGAUUCACCUUGUUAGCGAUGAGGUGUAUGGGUUAUCUGUUUUUAGGUCUUCUGAUGAGAUGCCUGGGUUCACGUCGGUGUUGUCUAUUGAUCCGGAGGGGAUUAUCGACCCGGAUCUGGUGCACGUGGAGUACGGCCUGGCCAAGGACUUUGCGUCGUCGGGAUUACGGUUGGGUGCGCUGCUAUCGAGGAACGCCGCGCUGCAUGAGGCGUUCUCGAGCGUUGUGAGGUUUCAUAGUCCUGCUGGGCCGUCUGUUGCGAUUGCGGCUGCCAUGUUUGAGGAUCGGGUGUGGCAUGAUGAGUUUAUUGCGAGUUCGAGGCGGAGUAUUGCUGGUGCGUAUGAGUUUGUGACGACGAUGCUGAGGGAGAUGGGGGUUGGGUUUGUGGAGGCGAAUGCCGGAUUGUUUGUGUAUGUUGAUCUGUCGCCUUGGUUGCCACCGCCGGAGGAGUACGAGUCGGAUCGGGAGAGGGAGUUUGCGUUGGCGGAAAGGUUUGUUGAGAGGGGUGUGUUCUUGCAUCCGGGGGAGGAGCAUUGUCUUGCGCCGGGACGGUUUCGGUUGGUCUAUACACAGGAGGAGUAUAUCGUGGCUGAGGGGUUGAGAAGGUAUGUUUAUAUGGAGUGA